AUGGUCUCCAACAUCGCCCAGAAGCUCGCCGACAAGGAGAAGUCGGACGAUGCGCCGCCGUGGUCACGCGUCGUGCCGCUCGCGAUGAUCGCGUGCGUCGCGGCCAUCCUCGCCUCGCCGGGCUCCGUCGUCGGCCCCGACGGGCCGGUCCCGCGCUUCUCCGCGGUCUCCGCCCGGCUCGCUGCGCGCGACGCUGGCGGCGCGGCGGAGCAGGAGGCGGGAGCGGCCGUCGCGCCGCUGCUCGCCGGCCUGCACGGCCGCGCCCUCGUCCUCGGCGCCGCCGGCUUCACGUCGCUCCUCUCGCUCCCCGGACUCGGUUCACGCGCCAUCCCGUCGGUCGACGCCGUCGUCUCUCUGUCGGCGCUCUGCCGCGCCAACCUCACGGCCGCGCUCGCAGAGGUGAGGCGGGUGCUAAAGUCGAACGGGCGCCUCGUCGUCUUCGAGCCGACCCUCGGGCUCGACUCGCGCUCCACUCGCCGCCUCCAGGCGCUGACCGACGGCUGCCGCCUGGACGACGACCUCGCCGGCCUGCUCGAGGAGGGCGGCUGGAGUCGGCAGAGCAUGGCGAGGCACUCGCUCGCCGCCGCGCGCAGCUGGCUGACGGCGCCGUUCGUGCUCGGCGUGUGGAGGCCGUGA